AAACAGGCUGAAAUUGAGAAGCUGUCCACUCUAUUAAACCACGCCCUGUCUCUGAAAAGAGUAACCAAAAUAAAGGCCAGGGCAAAGAAAUGCAUCAUUUGCCCUGCCUCAAGCCAUCUGUCGGAAAAUGCCCCUGAUACGACCGGGCGGGGGCGCCCUGGGCUGGGCAGCGGCGGCGGCAGCACGUCGACAUGGACAUCUCGGACGCUUCCAACGGUUCUACUCGGCCAGAGUCUCGGACCCGUUGCGAAUCCUCUUUUGCGGCUCCGACGCCUUCAGCUGCGAGUCGCUCCGCGCCCUGGACAAAGUCCGCCGCAGUGAGCCCCAGCUGGUCAAGUCAAUUGACGUCGUCACCCGGCCGCCGAAGCGGACUGGGAGAGGAUUAAAGGUUAUCAGGCAUGCCCCGAUAGAAACGCUGGCUACGGACCUGCAGCUACCCGUGCACCCGUUGGACAGUUUUCGCGGGUGGGAGCUUCCCCUUGUGGACGGCGAGGCGAUCAACUUGAUAAUCGCCGUGUCUUUCGGCCUUUUUAUCCCUUCGAGGAUUCUCAAAGCCGUGAAAUACGGCGGGCUGAAUCUCCAUCCAUCAUUUCUUCCCGACCUCCGCGGCUCGGCCCCCAUCCAAUGGGCCAUCAUGCUCGACCGCCAACACACCGGCGUGACGCUGCAGACACUCGACGACAAGGCCUUCGACAGGGGCCUGAUCCUCUCCCAGACCCCACGCCCAGGCAUCCCCAUCACGCCCGACGCCACCACGGCCGACCUGACGGCCCAGUUGGCUGCUCCAUCCGCGGCCAUGCUUAUCGCCGGCCUACGCGCGGGGUUGCAUCUCCCGCCAUUGUCGCCCCUGUCCGACAACGCGCACGCCCCCCAGCCGAGCUUCCACGCCCGCAAGCUGACCAAGCAGGACGCCGAGCUGCGGUGGGAUGAGCUGCUGACCGGGAGCUGGAGCUGUGAAGACGUCGGACGCCGCUACAGGGCCCUGGGUCCGCUGUGGGGCAGGACCGCGUCGCUGGUGGCGCCGUCGGCUGCAUCCAACGGUCUACCGCAGCAGCAGCAGCAGCAGAAAAAGAAACGCAAUGUGCCAACCGAGCCCCAGCGCGUAAUCCUUGAAAAAAUCUCGCCGUUACCCCAAGGCCAUUUCUCCGCGGCAGACGAGGCUCGUAUCUGCGAGGCUGUCAAGAGGGUAGCUUCGGGCGAGCCGCCUGCUCCUUCGGCUCCGUCGGCUUCAUAUGCAAACGACGAGAAGCAAUCGCCUGCUUCCCAGCUGCCACCCCUCAGCUUACUCGAGAUUGAAUGGGAGAUGGAAGCAGCCGAUGCAGACAACACACCACGGCGCUACAAGACAUACUGGAUUCCUGAAACCCCCGACAAAAGCAACGGGAGGGCUGUCUGCGUCCUCGUGGCCGUGCAGCAAAACGACGCGUCUGGGCCUGUGGUCGAGUAUACGCCAUGCAGGCUUGGCGUCGAGUCGAUGAAGAUGGAAGGUCAGCCCUCGAGGCCGGCGUCAGAACUGGUCAGAUAUCUCGGGGCUCGGGGUCCGCUGCCGUUGGCUGCAGCGCCAACCAACUAAGGACGCCACUAUGCAUGGCGGGCGUUGCAGCAUUACCAAACCAUAUAUAGGCGGAUAAUUGGGUUAUACUUGUACACUAGUGUAAUAAAAUGUAAGCAAAAACUACCGGCUUGGAUACCGGACUGUGUUUCCAACGUCAUUAUCGUCGCGGCAUUAUCAGUUGCUAGUUUGCUGAAUAGGCUGUUGUUGAAAUCUUAUCUGCAUCAUAAUUGCAAGCGCUUCACGUC